UUGUCGCGCUCCGAUUUCCGUUUCUCCGAUUCCCCUGCAAUAGGAAUAGAGAGAGAGAGAGAGGCCGAGCCACCACCCCCCCACUGUCUAGUACCUUCCGCGCCCGCCAAAUAAAGAGGCCGCUCAGCGACUCCCUUCCAUAACAACACCCCCCACCCCGCGCCGCCGCUUCGCUUCGAGCGCCUCUUCUUCUUCCCCGUCCCCACCCCGACCCCCUCUCGAUUAGGGUUUCUCUUCUCUAAUCCUCCACCUCCGCCGCUCCUUCGUCCAUGGCGGCGUCCUGCUCCAAGCUAUGGAUCUCUCCAAGCGGCGGCGUCGGGAUAUCGCCGAAUCGGGGCAAGACGACCCUCCGAUUCCCCACUUCCCGAGUCGUCUCCGGCUCCGGCCGCCGCAUUCUUGGACGCGGCGCUCGCGCGAUCCGAUGCAGCUUGGACGUCGAUUCGGACAACGGGGCGUCGAAUGGGUUUUCGUAUAGGGAGAACGAGCAGUUUGUGGGGUGGUUUCGGCAAGCUUGGCCGUACAUAAGGGGCCACAGGGGCAGCACCUUCGUCGUCGUGAUAUCGGGUGAGAUCGUAGAUAGCCCCUACUUGGAUACCAUACUCCAGGAUAUUUCACUGCUGCAUGGUCUGGGUAUUAACUUUGUUAUAGUCCCUGGAACUUGCGUUCAAAUUGACAAAAUCUUGGCAGAGAGAGGAAGGGAGCCCAAGUAUGUUGGUCGCUAUAGAAUCACAGAUUCUGCUUCUCUAGAGGCAGCAAUGGAAGCUGCUGGAAGGAUACGCCUCACAAUAGAGGCAAAGCUUUCUCCUGGACCUCCAAUACUGAGUCUUCGGCGACAUGGUGAUAAUAGUCGUUGGCAUGAACUUGGUGUUGCUGUCGCAAGUGGGAAUUUUCUUGCAGCUAAGAGAAGAGGUGUGGUUGAUGGCAACGAUUUUGGAGCCACUGGAGAAGUUAAAAAGAUAAAUGUUUGCAGUAUAAGAGAAAGACUCGACAGGGAUUGUAUAGUGGUAGUAAGCAAUCUGGGCUACUCCAGUGCAGGAGAGGUUCUAAAUUGCAACACCUACGAAGUCGCCACUGCAUGUGCCUUGGCCAUUGAGGCAGACAAACUGAUCUGUAUUGUAGAUGGUCGAAUUCUUGAUCAGAAUGGGCGACUUAUUCGUUUCUUGACUCUGGAAGAUGCUGACCUGUUGAUAAGAAAGAGAGCUACACAGAGUGAAACAGCUGCAAACUAUGUCAAAAAGGUGGAUGAGGAAGAUAUCAUUAGAAAGAAAGUUGAGCAGAGUGAAAUAGCUGCAAACUAUGUCAAUGACGCCAGUGAAGAAAAUACAGUUAGUUCAUACAAUCCUCAUUUUAAAAGCACUAACAAUAGUCCCUCGAGUAACAAAGGCUUCAGUGAAACAUAUAAUGCCACAUUUCAAAAUGGUGUUGGGUUUGACAAUGGGAAUGGUCUGUGGGCUGGUGAACAGGGGUUUGCUAUUGGUGGUGAAGAGAGAUUGAGCAGAUUAAAUGGUUACCUUUCAGAAUUGGCGGCUGCGGCAUUUGUUUGCCGGGGUGGAGUCCAAAGAGUUCAUCUGAUAGACGGUACACUUGGUGGAGCCUUGCUUCUGGAGUUAUUUACGAGAGAUGGAGUAGGGACUAUGGUGGCUAGUGAUCUAUAUGAGGGGACUCGGAUGGCUACAGAGGCAGAUCUCCCUGGUAUAAGGAAACUAAUUCAACCUUUAGAACAAUCAGGUGCAUUAAUCCGAAGGACAAAUGAAGAGCUUCUUAAAUCAUUGGAUUCAUUUAUCGUUGUGGAAAGAGACGGUUCACUAAUUGCUUGUGCCGCACUUUUCCCUUUCUUUGAGGAAAAGUGUGGUGAGGUUGCUGCCGUCGCUGUCUCUCCUGAAUGCCGUGGGCACGGACAAGGAGACAAAUUGCUUGACUAUGUAGAGAAGAAGGCAUCCUCUCUUGGAAUAGAGAAACUUUUCCUGCUUACAACUCGGGCAGCAGACUGGUUCGUGAGGCGUGGCUUUACAGAGUGUUCGAUUGAUUCUAUUCCAGAGGAGAGGAGGAAGCGAAUCAACCUCUCAAGGGGAUCCAAAUAUUACAUGAAAAGGUUGCAUCCAGAUCUUGGUGGGAUUACCAUAAAAAGGCCUUCCUUAGGGCAUUAUUAAUCAAAUUUUCUGUUCAUAACCUAUGGAAACUCAUAGUCUUUUACAAAAUUCAGCCAUUUGAAUUACCUAGAUGUGAGUUGUUCAGUUGGUCUAAUAUACGGCAUAUUCAACACGGGAAUUCAGAAAGGAUGAGGAUUACUCUUCUGAAACUUUUUUGCUGAUCAAAAAACUAAACAAGACAUUUUGCUCUAGGAAAAAAUUUUGUAACCAUUUAGUGAAAUGCAGAUCACAUGAGAUAAGCACGACCUUGUUCAAUGUUCAUUUUUUGCGGGUGAAAUUUGAAGGGUUUAGUUUUCAUUA